GAGGGAGGAGGAUGAGGAGGAGGAAGGAGGAGGAGGAGGAGGAGGAGGAGGAAGGAGGAGCGCGGGUGGCGGCGGCGGGAGGAUGCUGAAGAGCUGCGGGAGGAAACUGCUGCUGUCCCUCGUGGGCUCCAUGUUCACCUGCCUGCUGGUGCUCAUGGUGGAGCCGCCGGGGAGGCCGGGGUUGGCCCGGGGGGAGGCCGGUGGGGCGCAGCGGGCGCUGCAGAGCCUGGGGGCGGUGGCGGUGGCCCCCCCCCCCCCGGCGGCGGCGGCGCAGGGUCCCGCCGGUCUCCGGAGCUUCGCCGAUUACUUCGGGCGGCUGAGCCGAGCCCGGCGGGAGCUGCCCGCCGCUCCGCCGAGCCCCCCGAGACCGCCGGCCGAGGACAUCUCCCCCCGCGACGUCUUCAUCGCCGUCAAAACCACCAAGAAGUUUCACAAGGCGCGGCUGGAGCUGCUGCUCGACACCUGGAUCUCCCGCAACCGCGACAUGACCUUCAUCUUCACAGAUGGGGAGGAUGAAGAGCUGAAGAAGCAAGCACGAAACGUCAUCAACACCAACUGCUCGGCCGCCCACAGCCGCCAGGCCCUGUCCUGCAAGAUGGCCGUGGAGUACGACAAGUUCAUCGAGUCCGGCAGAAAGUGGUUCUGCCACGUGGAUGACGACAACUACGUGAACGUGCGGACGCUGGUGAAGCUGCUCUCCAGCUACCCCCACACGCAGGACAUCUACAUCGGGAAGCCCAGCCUGGACCGGCCCAUCCAGGCUACGGAAAGGAUCAGCGAGAACAAGAUGCACCCUGUGCAUUUCUGGUUUGCCACGGGCGGAGCGGGGUUUUGUAUCAGCCGGGGGCUGGCACUGAAGAUGAGCCCGUGGGCCAGCGGGGGCCACUUCAUGAGCACCGCGGAGAAGAUCCGCCUGCCCGACGACUGCACCAUCGGCUACAUCAUCGAGUCCGUGCUGGGGGUGAAGCUCAUCCGCAGCAACCUCUUCCACUCGCACCUGGAGAACCUCCACCAGGUGCCCAAGUCGGAGAUCCACAAGCAGGUGACACUAAGCUACGGCAUGUUCGAAAACAAGCGCAACUCCAUCCACAUGAAGGGAGCCUUCUCCGUCGAGGAGGACCCAUCCAGGUUUCGCUCCGUGCACUGCCUGCUGUACCCCGACACGCCGUGGUGCCCCGCCAACGUGGUUUACUAGGAGGCGUGUGUCCCCUCCAACCUCGUCCCGAAUUUCCCCGGUAUCCGACGGGCGUGCGGGACCUGCGUGCGGGUGCGUCGGUCCGGCCUCACCGCGAGGCAGACGGACGGACGGACGUCGUUGCUGUGGUAUUGCACAGUGUGUGUGUACUGAAGGCUGCUGUGCGGCCCCCCCCCCGUGUCCCCUGCCCUGCCUGCCCUGCCUGCCCGUGCCCGCUGCCUGCUCCGGCCAGGACGGUGGAGGGGGACGGGUCCUGAGCACUUAACCGUGGGGCACCCCCGCGGUGCUGGCGGGCCCCACGCCAUGCGUGGGGAGCGACCGCAGGCACUGCGGGCCUCUGCCUCCCCCCGGGCUUGCUUUUCCUUUUCUUUUUUUUUUUUUUUUUUUUUUUUUUCCCUUUUCAAAUGUUAAGGUUUUUUGGUGUGUGCCUCCCCCGCUUCCCUUGCCUCAACCGCCCACCUCGCUCCCGUAACCCCUCACCCAUCCCACCCUCUCUCCCAGCCCCCAAAUCUCAGCAGCGAAGCUCCGGCUCCCGAUUCGGAUGAAGAGUCACCAGCGAGUUUUGCUCCCUGGCUCGGCAGGCAGAGGGUGGGCAGGGGAAGCCUCCCGGCCCCGGCAAAGCUGCUGGGCGCUCGACAGCCGCACUUGGAGGGAGACGGUGGGGUGGGCUGCCAGCCGGCGUUGGCGUUAGCUCCGUUUCCCAGAUCUUCCCCCCCCGCCCCGUCUGGCUGAACUGUUGCUGGCAGCAUCGAUCUAUGCACUAUUUAUAGAGACUAACGUAAAGACUUUCUAUAAAUACGGCGGGGGGGGCUUUUCCGGAGCUGCCGGUGCGGCGUGGGCACCGUGUUUGGACAGGGUCUCCCUUCAGUGCCGCCUCCCUGCCUGCUCGCGGGCCGGCCGUGGGCUGGGUGGGUGCCCCCCCCCCACCACCACCAUGGGGCCAGAGCAUCCUCCAGCCCUGCGGAUGCUGCUGGGGUGGCCGGAGAACCCGAGAGGUGCCCGGCUGGAUGGGCACCUGCCACGGGCAGGUAGCGUUUCCCAGCCCGGCUAUUGCUCUCUCCCUGCCGGGGAGGGAUUUAGCCGGGGACGGAGAGGAACCCCGCAUCCCCCCCGCCCCGCAGCCGCCCUGCCUGCCGCUGCCAGCCCUGCACCCCUGGGGUAAAUGGGCUGAGCCGGAGCUGAACGUUUCCAACCCGAAGCUGAGUGAAAAUAGCCCAUAAUGGGUGCGUUGUAAAUAUGUUAUUGCGCCAGUAUUUUUUUUACUGUGCCUUUUUUUAAGAAGAAAACCACAUUGAGAAAUAUGUAGAUUUUAAAAUGCUUUUUAUACAUUUUCUGUGGAUCAGAAAAAAAAAAAAUCCCCAACCUUUGAUAAUCUGUUUAAGAAAGAAAAAAAAAAAAUUUGCGAUGUCUUGUAACUAUCACUUACCUUAAUUUAUAUGUUCCAGUAUCUGGAACAUCACUCUGUGCUUUUUGUAACUAGGAUGUGUUUUAAAGCAAUAGACGUGGGAUGGGGAACCAGCAUGGACAGCGUGUUCUCAGGGACUUGAACCCGAUUGCUGCCACGGGGUUCCCGUGGGAGCCGUCACCAAUAAAGCAGCUUUUUUGCUGACCACAGUCACCUGG